UCCUCGAUAUCACUACUCCUCCAGCGCUCAGUUUUCUCCUGCUGAAUAAAGUGAUCACUGAGUCAAGAGCUCUUGCUGUCAAAAUGGCAGAGUCACAGAUUGUACCCCCGUGCAAAUUGCAUCGUCCAUUCAGGUUUUACGAUCCUGAGGUUGUAGCGGUUAUGACAAUAUUACUUGGACUGUUCCAGGUGUUUCUGGGACUUCCGACUUACUACAUGAGCAUCAACAUAAAACUACUAUAUGUGUGCCCACUUUUCGUCGGAGUAGUUUAUGUGACCGGAGGAUCAUUUGCAAUGGCAUGUGAAAGAUUUCCUAGCAGGAAGCUGGUGAAAAACUGUCUGUAUUCCAGUGUCUUUGGGCUGUUGGUGGGUUUGAGUGCUGUUGUCGUUUAUAGCUACGCAGUCAAUGACAUAAAGUCUGUUGAAGGCUGCAAAUCAGAAGGGCUUUCAAAAUUGAAUUGUCCAGAAGAUUCCAUCAUUAAUUAUUUCAAUGCAAUCUCAGCACUGCUUUUGAUUUAUGACAUGGGAGGGCUCACUCUUCAAGGCUUCCUUUUAUUUUCAGCGAUGAAAGGUUUGAAAACAAACUGAAAAUAAUAAUAGUAAUAAUAAUAAUAACAAUAAAACCCACAAGCCUAUAAUACACCAAUAUAAUAACAUAUGUAUACUUGUAUAACUGAGAAACUGUAAAAUGUGAUGUAUAACUCAGAAAUUGUACUUUUUGUUUAUAUAAAGUGUAUACUUUUUAAUUUCAUUUUUUAAAAAUAAAUACUAAGUUUUGAAAAGUAA